AUGCAGGCUAUUCCUCCUCCUGACCGACUAUGGGCCUGGUGCCCAGGAGUAUACCAUGAUGAGCAGGGCCAGGUGUGGGUGGCUGUGCUCAGGAAAGAUCCAGAGACGGGCAUCCUGUGGGCCAGGGUGCGAGCUGAGCAGGUCCUUCUGGGGGAUUCCUGGACUCGGAGUCAGUUCCCCCUCUCACCCCUACCCCAUCUGUGGCAGUGGUGCCCUCGUGGGCUCUACCGUGCAGCUGGGGGGAUAGGAGAAGAUGAAUGGUGGCUGGAGAGCCAUCAGGUGGUCUCUGGUGUCCCAGAGAUACUUCUCCGCCAACUACACAGAUGAGGCCAUAGCAAACACCUGAAGCUGGCAGCACUUCUUGGGAGCAGGCCUGGUUUGAGAGUUUAAAAU